UCAGACUCGGGUUCCUGCCAUGCCACCUUCCUCCGUGCCUUCCCCUGGCUCCAAGGCUCUGGCCGACCCCUGUUCCUCUGCCUCUUUCUCUAGUCAGCAAAUGCCAUCUCCUGCUAUUCUUCGACCUCCGAGCUCGCCCAUGCGGAUGCCGGGUGGCGCGAUCCCGACGACGAGUGCAAGCCUGCCGUCGUGCAAGGGGGGCGUGCCGCGGCAACCAAUGUCCGCGGCAGCGAACUCCACAGCUACGGCUGCGGCGGCUACGCCUUCGGCUUCCGCAGCAUCAGCCACCUCCACGUCCAGCUCGCUAUCUGCACCGGCGUCGCGCCUCGCCACUCGGCAGCACUCCAUAUCGGCCGUGUAUGAUUCAUCCAUCGGCUCCCAGGAGGAAAUUGUCGAGCGGGCCAAGCAAGAGGCAUACGUGAUGCAGCGAAUCGCGGAGCUGCGCAAGGACGGCAUGUGGUCGGCGCGCCGGCUACCCAAGGUGCAGGAGCCCCCCCGGGCCAAGGCCCACUGGGACUACCUGUUGGAGGAGAUGGUGUGGCUUGCCACCGACUUUGCCCAGGAGCGCAAGUGGAAGAAGGCGGCGGCCAAGAAGUGUGCCCGUAUGGUGCUCCGCUACCACCAGGAGCGCGAGCAGCGGGCCGAGCGGGCCGAGCGCGAGGAGCUGCAGAGGCUGCGUCGCGUUGCUGCCCAGGUGGCCAAGGAGAUCAAGCUGUUCUGGGCCAACAUCGAGAAACUAGUGGAGUUCAAGCAGCAGACGCGACUCGAGGAGAAGCGGAAGAAGGCACUCGACCUGCACCUUAACUUCAUCAUGGACCAGACGGAGAAGUACUCUUCAUGGUUGCGCGAGGGCAUGGGGGCUGCCACAACGAACAAAAGCAGUGCUUCGGAGGCAACCACACCGGCCCAGGCGUCUGCCAGCCCCGCUCGGUCAGGCUCCUCAAACGACGAAGACUUCCAACCAGACGCAAGCGACUCUGAUGACGAGGAGACGAUAGACCGCGAGGAGACGACGGCACCGACUGACCAAGAAGAGCAGAGUCGGGAGCUGGAGCUGCUACAGAAAGAGAGUGAGCUGCCCAUUGAGCAGCUCCUGGACUCGCUACCACCAGAGAUUCUGGAGCGACCAGCCUCGCCUCUUUCGCACACCAAUGGCAGGGAUAACCACAAAGCUGAGGAGGACGAGGAGGAAGACGGAGGCAGCUCGGAGCGGUCGGGAAGCCCCAUUGAUGUGGAGACCACACAGGAAGACGAGGAAGUUGGCGGAGUAGGUGACGAGGCGGAUGGUGGCGACGAUGACUUUCAGGUUGAAGACGAGGAAGAUGACGAGGAGACCCUUGAAGAGCAGGAGAAGCAGGAGAAGAGCGUGGAUUACAAGGAGGAGCUCAAGGAGCUCAUGAUGGAAGGAGAAAUGCCACUGGAUGCCUUGUAUGAAAAGUACAGUGCUGCAUAUGCCAGUGAUGCUGAAGUGCCAAAAUCUGCUGGGAGCUCUGAAGAUGAGGAUGACGACGACACCGCUGACAACGAAAGAGAUACAGAAAACUCUGAUGAAGAGAUGGAUGAGGAAGAGGAGGAAGAAGAUAUGGACACGUCGAGUGAGGGCGAGGUACAAGAGGAGAUUGGCAUGGAGUACCUGAUCAACCCUAUGUCGAAUGAAGACGACUCUGAAGUGAAGGCGGAAAACGUGAUGGAGGAUGCGUCGGGCAAGGGCCCCACCAAAGAAAUCACUGACAUAGCAGCCACUGCCCAGAGCUUCCAGCCCAAGGGGAACACCCUCUCCACCACACAGGUCCAAACGAAAGUGCCCUGGUUGUUGAAGCACAGCCUGCGAGAAUAUCAACACAUCGGUCUCGACUGGCUUGUCACCAUGCAUGACAAGAAGCUGAACGGCAUCUUGGCCGACGAAAUGGGCCUGGGAAAAACAAUACAGACAAUCUCCUUGUUGGCGCACAUGGCUUGUGAUAAAGGAAUCUGGGGUCCCCAUCUCAUCGUGGUGCCUACCAGUGUGAUGCUCAACUGGGAAAUGGAGUUCAAAAAGUGGUGCCCUGCCUUCAAGAUUCUUACCUACUACGGCAUCCCUAAGGAGCGAAAGCAGAAGCGACAGGGUUGGACCAAGCCCAAUGCCUUUCAUGUGUGCAUCACGUCGUACAAGCUGGUCGUCCAGGACCACCAGUCCUUCAGGCGCAAGAAGUGGAAGUACCUGAUCCUCGACGAGGCGCAGCACAUCAAGAACUUCAAGUCCCAGCGGUGGCAGAUGCUGCUCAACUUCCAGAGUUCGCGGAGGCUUCUGCUGACGGGCACUCCGCUGCAGAACAGCCUCAUGGAGCUGUGGUCUCUCAUGCAUUUCCUCAUGCCCAGCGUGUUCCAGUCGCACCGGGAGUUCCGUGAGUGGUUCGCCAACCCCGUCACGGGCAUGAUCGAGGGCAGCAGCGACUACAACGAGAGCCUCAUCAAGCGCCUCCACAAGGUGCUGCGGCCUUUCCUUCUACGAAGGUUGAAGAGCGAGGUGGAGAAGCAACUGCCCAAGAAAUACGAACAUGUGGUCAUGUGUCGGCUGUCCAAUCGGCAGCGGUACCUGUACGACGACUUCAUGUCCCAGACAAAGACAAAGGAGACGCUGGCCACUGGCAACUUCAUGAGCGUCAUAAACGUGCUGAUGCAGCUCCGCAAAGUGUGCAAUCACCCCAACAUGUUCGAGCCGAGACCCAUCUUGUCGCCCUUUCGCAUGGACGGGCUUGUGUAUUAUACCGCCUCCAGUGUAUAUGACAUCUGUAAAUAUGACCCAUUCAAGCAUGUUAGUUUCUCGGCCCUGAACUUGCUGCUUGCCGAUGUGGAGCUGUGUCUGACAGCGUUUGCUGCACACCGCAUCAAGAAGUUCCAGACGUCGUGCCACUUUGUUGAAACAAUCGAGAGUCACCCGCCCCCGCCACCCAGGUGCCCACCUGGCAAGAUCAGGCUGCACAUCCGCACCUCGACGCCUUCAGCUCAGUCUGGAGCAGCCCGGGCAGCAGCAUCGCCUAUGACGGGGGCCGGCCAUCAAGGACCUCACCACCAGAGGCUGGUGGCCGCCUCUGGGGCCCACCACAACACCGCCGGUAUGGUGGUGCGGCCGGGCCACCAGGGAGUGCCGGCUGGUGGCACCACCUUCACCAUGGCUCGUCACGGGGCCGUGCUCACCCAGGCUCACCACCAUCCUAGUGGCCUGCUGCAGCAGCCGCAGCAGCAGCAGCAGCAGCAGCGCUUGGUGGUUGUCUCCACGCCGGGCACCGUGACACCGCGUGCACACAGCCCAGUGGUGGCUGCUGCCCCUUCCUCUGCUGGCGGAGGAGGGAGCGGCGAGUACAUGCUGCAGUUGGUGCAGAAGUCCAAUGCCUUGGCUGGUGGCGGCCAGUCUGUGAUGGGUUCGCCCAUCACGUUGCAGAUCCAGCAGCCGGCCCACGGGACUGGUCCAGCACGGGUGGCCGUGCCAUUUGGCAUUGGUCGCAUCGUUCAGACCACGACCGGUCAGCACUUGCUGCUUACCCCUGCCCAGCAGACGCCGCAGACCAUGGCUGACGGCACUGGGGUUCUGCAGCAGCAACAGCACCAGACGGUCAUGCUGGCUACGUCUGCCGGCCAGGCUGUGGUCAGGACCACGACCGCACUGAGCCAGAUGGGACGAGUGGUGACCAGUGCUGCGGGCAGUCCUGCUGUAACUCCGGUCCCGACUUCCGUUGGUGCCAAGCCAGUCCUGCGUGUCGCACCCCUAAUUGCAAACAGUCAGACGACGCACGUGGGAGCGACCAAAACUGUAAAUGCCAAGACGACGGUGGUUGCUCCCGUGAAGUCUUCUGGUGCUACAUCGACAACUGAGUCUUCCAGCCAAAGAAGCCCAUAUUACCUGGACACACUUGAAAGCAGACGGCGGCAGCAGCGGCGUGAAAAGCUUCGACUCCUGGGGCACACGAAUGCGUUGCGCUGUGCGGCCUGCCCGACCUAUGGCCGGGACCUGGUGGAGGCAGUGACGGUUGUGCACGACACGCGGCCUGUGGUGCGGAGCCCGUGGGGUGGAACGGGAUACGUGGCCUGCCUCAAUGCACCGUCCCAGGGCGAGACACAGCUAUGGCGAUACACGCGAACCCUACGCUCUAUAGUGCACACACCGCCGCAGCUACUCGAUGAACUCCGGGACAUGAUUGAGAGGUUUGUUUUUGCGGUGCCCAAAGUGACUGCACCGCGGAUCGAGAUGCGCGUGUCACAUCCAUCUCCGUCCUCCAUCAAUGCUGAAAGGGUCCUCGAGGAAAGACUCAGGGACGACUUGGGUCCUAGGUGCGCGUUCCUGCACCCUGUCAUGUGCAACCUGCAGACACAGUUUCCCGAGCUGCGGCUAAUACAGUACGACUGUGGUAAGCUCCAAGUCCUGGACAAGCUCCUGUGGCAACUGCGCGAAGGCCAGCACCGGGUGCUAAUCUUCACCGAAAUGACUCGCAUGCUGGACGUGCUCAAGCAGUUUCUCAACUACCAUGGCCACACGUACCUGCGGCUGGAUGGCAGCACGCGCGUGGAUCAACGCCAGGCCCUCAUGGAGCGCUUCAACGCCGACCGGCGAAUCUUCUGUUUCAUCCUGUCCACUCGGUCAGGGGGUAUCGGCGUCAACCUGACUGGGGCCGACACGGUGGUCUUCUACGACUCUGACUGGAACCCCACCAUGGACGCGCAGGCUCAGGACAGGUGCCACCGCAUUGGCCAGACGCGAGACGUCCACAUCUACAGGUUAAUAAGUGAAAGAACCGUUGAAGAGAACAUCCUGAAGAAAGCGAACCAGAAGAGGAUGCUUGGUGACUUGGCCAUUGAAGGAGGCAACUUCACCACAGCCUUUUUCAAACAUAACACCUUGAAAGACCUGUUUGGCACCGACUUUGACCUGGCUAUUGCCGAGAAAGGCGAAGAGGCCGUGAGGGAAGACAGGCCAGCUGAUUCGGAGAGGACCGAGAAGUUUUCGUCUGUGGAGUUUGAAAAGGCACUUGGCAUGGCAGAGGAAGAGCUGGACGUCCAGGCUGCACACACGGCUCGUGCCGAAGCAGCUGCUGAGCUGGCCGAGUUCGACGAGUCCAUCCCGUUAGACACAGACAGCCGAGACGAGGACAAGUCCCAGGCAGAGGAGGAGCUUGACAAGCUCAUGGAUCAGCUUACGCCUGUGGAGAGAUAUGCCAUGCAGUUCCUCGAGUCUCUUCAAGAACCGCUGACACUUGAACAGUUGAAGCAAGCAGAGGAGGAGAUCGAGGCUCAGAAGAAGGACUGGGAGCUGGGCCGCCUCAAGGCCAUCAAAGAGGAGGAAGAGCGGCGCGCUGGCUACCGAGACGACGAGGAGGCUCCUGCCCUGGUGUACUCGCGCGAGGAUGCCUACACGCAGAUAUACAUCUCUAUGAAUGGGCAUGAACAGAUGCCGAUCUGGGCACCUCCGACACCACCUCAGGAGGAGAAUGAUCUGUACAUAGACUACAGCGUGGGUUUUCUCUACGAGCCAUCCGUCAUGUCGGAAUCUAGCCUGCCCGCUGUGUAUAUCAAGAAGGAGGCCAAGAGGCUGAAAGUUGACCCACUCUCCACAGUGACAGCGGCACGCAAGCAGAAGAGCCGCAAGGAAGAUGCCGUGCACAUUCCGAAGUCUCUGUUCGAUCGGCCGACGGCGGCCAUCUUGAAGAUGCGGCGCGAGGCCAAGCUCCAGAAAGUUAAGAACCUGAUGGUGUGUGGGGCCGGCCAGCUGCCCCCCAAGGGCCUGACUUCUUUGCCCUCACGGCCACUUGCCCAGCAAGGUGGCUUCAUGGCGGCUCGCCCGAUCCUAGACCUUUCGCCCGACACACCCGAGUGGCUGAUUCAUGAGGACUGGGCAAUUCUACAGGUAAUCCAGCAGCUUCAGGACAUCCCACUGAACUUGACAGUGCUUACGCCGGGCCACACGCCGAACUGGGACCUGGUUGCAGACGUGGUCAACACUGUGAGCCGAAUUUACCGUUCGCCGAAACAAUGCAAGGACCGGUACGAGAAUAUCAUUGUACCUCGCGAAGAAGGAAAGAUCUUGUACGACACCAACCCAAAGAAGCAGAAGAAGACCAAGGGCAUUUACAAGACCAAGAACAACAAGCCCAUGAGGACAGGACAGCUGUUCUCCCAAGACUGCAACCAGGCCUUCACCAUGCUUUACAACACUCGUUUCGAUACGAUCCGUGCAGUGGCCAGUAAACGCACACCCACCCUCAAGCCCAGCUUUACCGCCAAUCCGCUGGUAAAAAACCCCAAGCAUGCGGCCGUGUUGGCUGACAAUGGCAUUGCCUAUGAUCAGCCCCCAACUCCUGGCAGACUGGCGGCACUGCGGGCAGAACGCAUUGCCAAGGAGAAGCAGAAGAGCCAACUGGCUGCCGCUGCCGUGGCAGCAGAGGCCCAGCGUCAGCAGCAGGCGCAGCAGCACCAGCAGGGGCAACCACAGGUGGCAGGGCAGCCAGCGCAGCAAGCGAGCGUGCAAACACUGCAACAGCCGACGGCUGUGGCAGCUACUGCGCAGGCAGUGACUGGCGGACAGGGUGCGGCCGCAGUGGUGGCCGCCGCAGCGAAUUCCGUGACUUCUGGGGUCGUGGCAGCUGCGAACCAGGCAACUGCAGCCGCGCUGCUCAUCCAACAACAACAGCAGCAGCAACAGCAGCAACAGCAACAGCAACAGCAGCAACAGCAACAGCAGCAGCAGCAGCAGCAACAGCAACAGCAACAGCAACAGCAGCAACAGCAGCAACAACACCACCACCAACAACAACAGCAGCAGCAGCAGGUGGCUGCCACCCAGGCUGUGCUUGCCACUCUUGGCCAGGCGCAGCAGCUGCAGCCAGUCGCAGCCCAGCUGUCCAAGAAUGUCACCACUGUGGCAUUGGCCAAAUCCGGCGGAAUUCUGGUCAGCACCGCUGUCACAGCCACGACGGCUGCCUCAGGAGGUGUCGUCAGUGCUGCGCCAACGUUUGCGCUCACCAAGGUUCCAGUCACGGCAGUGGCCACUCUGAGUACAGCCGCUCUACGACCGCAGCGACCGCAGCCACCAGUCGUCACAGCCACCACCACCAUGACGGUGCAGGAAAUGGUGGCCGUGGCUACGGGCCAAGUUCGUGGGCUGCCGGUGAGCAGUGCCAUCACAACUGCGGGUGGCAGCACUCCCGCCGUGGUCUCAGUCACCAACCUCGGCUCUGCCCAGUUGCAGCCCGUUCCGCAGAGGAUCUCCACUGUAACGGCCGUGAGCCAGGUGGCGGCAGCUCAAGGGGUGACCAGCGUUCAACCGGCCCGCAGUCUCACUGCCUCUCAGCUGCAGGCCAUGCGCCAAGGCAAUUUCCUGCGCCAACAACAGCAGCAGCAGCAGAGGAUGCAGGAGCAGCAGCUCAAGCAACAGCAGCUGAAGCGCCUCCAACAGCAGCAGCAGCAGCUGGCCGCGGCCGGGGGCACCGCUCAGGCCACUGUAGCAGUGCCCGUCAGCCUCGCAGCGGGUGCGGCUAAAGUCGCGGUUCAGCAGGCGCGCCCCCUGUCACAGCAACAGCAGCAGCAGCAGCAGCAACAGGCCACUACAGCACAACAACAGCAAGCUCAACAACAACAACAGGCGGUGGUGGCAGCUGUGGCAGCCGUAAAGGCGGCCACGCCUCUGGGCACCACGAAGCAGCAGACGGCCAUAACGCGCAACCUCACGGAGGCUGAGAUGGCUCAGCUGCUCAAGCGUCGGGAGCUCCAGCAGAAGCAGCAGAUGGCAGCGGCCCACCUCCUGGCACAGGCGCAGCUUCAACAGCAGCAAGCGCAGCAACAGCAGCAGGCAGGCCAACAGACACAGCAGGUGGUGGCAGUCUCCCAACAACAGCAGCAGUCCUUGGCCGGUGCGGUGCAGACGCCCGUUGCCACACUGGUCAAAACGGUUUCGGCACCAUCGGCGCUCGGGCCCAGCCAGACUGCCGUCACGAUCCCCGUCUCAGCAGUCACCAUGGCGGGCGUCAACAUCAACGUUAGCCUUGCACAGCAGGGUAAAGUGAAUGCCUCAAAGCCGACCACCACGGCCUCUGUGACGCCGCAGCAGAUGCAGAUGCGGCAGUUGCAGAUUCAGCAGCAGCUGCUGCAACAACAGCAGCAACAGCGGAAGGUUACACUCCAAACACAGCAGAAGGUGGCUAGUCUCUCCCAGGCUCAGAUGCCGGCAGGCAAAGCUCCAACUGUGGCCACUCAGUUGGGCACAGUGCAGAUAGUCCAGCAGGGUUCGGCACAAGGGGCCAAAACCACAACCCUGCCAUCAGCCACAGCCAUUACCGUACAGCAGAUCAUCAAGCAGGUGCUGCCUGUAAACCAAAACUUUCUGAUGUCAAGUGCGAUGCAGGCAGCGGCAGGUAGCUCCAGCGGCGCGACCACAGUGAGUCCGGCAACUCAGGUGCAGCUGCAUGCCAUGCUGCACAAGCCGGCCGUGAGCACGGUAGCCCUUGCUGCACCGACGGCGGUCUCUUCGGGGGCCACUGCAGCUACCCUGGUGCCCACCCGCAUCAUGGCGCUGCAGCAGCCACCCGGGCAGCCCGCCACAGUGGCCCUCAAGCAGGGCCUGCAGCCCUCAACAUCCGACCAACAACCCGCCAAAAGAGGCGGAGCACCGUCCUCUCAGUCCGCUCCAGACUCCGGGCGCCUAUGAUUGUUGUCUCUUUCCUCGAGACAUGUCCUCCCCUCCUACUACAAACAUCCUCGUUUCCUACCCCUUGCCACCGUUCGUUGCCAGGUGAUCGCAGCCUCGGCAGGCACGGCGCAAACCUCAACCUACACCGUCGAAGGCUCCGCAGCCACUCCCCUCGUCGCAAGCAUCGUAGCCGAUGCGGCUGCCCUCAAGCCCGUGGAAGGCGGCGCCCUGCCCAAAGCCAUCGCAGUGGCCGUCACAACAGCAGCCGCAGCGGCGGACAAUUCCGGGGUGCCCCCGAACGUGACGGCGCCAUCUUCGUCGGAGACCAUCACCCGGGCCGUCAGUGUCGACGUGAGUGCGGCCACCGUGCAGGCGGUUCAGGCAGCCAUUGAGGCGGCUCGUCAACAGGGCUCACUGCCGUACACCAUGCGCCUGAGGAACAACCCGCCCAAGCCCGCGUAGUGGACUCCUCUUCUUGUGCACUUCCUCGUGUAGGCGCCUGUUCCGGCCAACGUGUCCUUCUCACUCGCUCGAUGUGUGUGUGUCUGUGUGCGCAUGCGCUCGUCGUGAUAGUGAAUAAGCAGGAACAGAACCGUGUACACCACGUGUUUGUUUCAGUUGUGUGUGUGACUAGUGCUGGAAGGAGGUGAACGUUCUUUUUUUUCUGUUCUGCCGGCCAAGUCACCGUUAUAAAAGAAAAAAAAGAGAAAAAAAAAUGUGGACUGCUUUUUAAAAUUGUUUUGUCUCUUGAAGGCGACCCUUUGCCUUAGGUGUUCGUGCAUUUCUUCUGCGCUUUUUUCCUGACCCUAGUGGCUGGAGACAAAUGUUUAGGAUACAUAUUUAGGAGUUUCAUUCCACUAAAUGAAAAUGGCGUACAGGGGACUAUUUUUAACAAAGCAAAACAAAUUGUAAAUUCAAUGAAAGUUUCGCGGUCCGGGCACAUGGAGUGCAACACUGUAUCGAGAGUUUUGAGCGAUGAAAUUCUGUGCCUUUACACUCGCAUAUUGUUGUUCUUUCUCUAAAUUUUGUUUCUCUCUUUCUCUUUAAAUUUCUUUCUCAUUCUCUCUCUGUUUUGGUUGUUUUUGCAAGUGUUUGGGCACAGUCAACUCUGCAUCUCCUUGUGUGCGAGGCUCUCAGGGCUGCUCGCUGUACAGCUGACACUCACCUUGUAUAUAAAGCCUCAUUUCAAACACCCUGGUAAUCGUGUACGUGUCUCACUCACAAGUGUCACCUCGUUGUACAGAGUGCACCAGUGCAGAAGAACGAGUUCACAUGACACCACUUCGUCUUGCCUGAUCUUUGUAAUUCAUGUGAGAAAAAAGAAAAUGAAAUAAACGCAACUGCUUUUGUUAGCUUCAGUUUUUAUUUCCACAAUGCCCAACGAUACAGUGCCAACUUAAAUUUGUGUUGUCUGCGAAAGCAUUCAUGUGGAGGCAAGUAUCUCUGUUGACUAUGUCUGCAGGGCUGCUACAAAUUGUGUAGGUACUGAGGGUUUCUGAAGUGGGUGGAUCUCACUGUGAGUAGGGAAUUCAGACAAGUUGGAAAAAAAAAAGAAGAUUGAAUGUGGAAAGUAAUUGAUCACAUUGUACGCAGAACUGGUACACAAAGGAUGGUAGUACAGGCUAGAAAACGUAGGAUGAGUGCAGUGUCUCUCCAACACCAACUGGCCUGAUACAAUUUUGUCCUGUGGUUGGCAGCAGUAAGACAAACAAAAUUCUGUAGAUGAAAAAAAAAAGACAAUAGUAAAGGCAAGUGUUGUUUGUAUGAAAACUGCUAGAUUGAGAGAUAAGCAUCAUGCCACUACCAGUGCACUAAAUCAAAUAUUUUUCCGUAGAGAGUUAUUUUGGCGAGUUAAUUGCAUGGUUUCAGACUAUGAAUCUCUCUUGUGUGGUAAAGGCUGAUUCUACUGAAUAAAAAUUUGAUAUUAGAA